GUACAAGAAGAGACGCCGCGUUGAGAGCGUCGAAGGUGCGAGACGCCGCGUACUUCAUCUCGUUCGGCUUGUAGAGUGUACUUCGUUAAUUCCUAAAACAAUGUAAAUGGAUAAUCCUGGAUAACUCGGUCUCUUCUUAGCGUCAGGCAAUGGAAGAUGAGAAGAGCCGACGCUCAUGGAACCUGGUGAAGCAGUUUCACCUUCGCCGGUAGGAAACAGUGCGAAGGAGUGCCAUUUCUCGAAUAAAUCGAAUCAAAGAUGCAGUCGAAGUGAGCUCUUCUUCGAGGUAUACAAGCUGAGGCCGUACCGAGCGUGACUGGAAGACGCAAGAUGGCCUCCAGGGUCUGGCACGUUGCCUGCUCUUGGCUGGUGCUCGUGGUUGCAACCUUGGCGAUCUUGAGAGGCACCGAUGCAGAUCUGGAAGGACCUAACAUCUGCAACCGGAAGGAAACACACAUGGUGACAGUUAACAUCUCCGAGCGAGUGCCGUACAUCACGCGAGAGUUCACCUGGUGCUUCAAUUUCCCACCGAAGUGUUCCAAGUACAAGACCACCUUCAAGACCGUGUACAAGACGCAGGCGGUGGAGAAGGGCAGGCUCGUGGCAGAAUGUUGCAAAGGAUAUACAAAAACAAACGACAACGAGCGUUGUAUACCAGUUUGCUCCGAAGAUUGUCGCCAUGGAACUUGCGUUGCGCCUGACGAGUGCAAGUGCGAGUCUGGAUAUGGUGGACCUGCUUGCGAUAUCAAGUGUCCACUGGGCAAAUGGGGAAGAGACUGCGAGAGGGAGUGCAUGUGCAGGAACGGGGCCAGAUGCGAUCCCUUCGACGGCAAAUGCAUCUGCACCAGGGGUUGGAUGGGCGAAUUCUGCGACCAGGAGUGUUCUCCAGAUCGGUAUGGACAGAACUGCCUCGAAGAGUGCCGUUGUCGCAAUGGUGGAAGUUGCCAUCAUAUCUCUGGAGAAUGUCACUGUGCACCGGGCUACACAGGACCGCUGUGCGACGACCUGUGUCCGGCGGGAAAGCACGGAGACGAGUGCAAGUCGGAAUGUCAGUGCCAGAAUGGAGGAUCCUGCAGUCCGACCACUGGACAAUGCUUCUGUACUCCCGGAUGGAUGGGAUCCGUCUGUGCCAAUCGCUGCCCUACCGGAUUUUGGGGUAAAAAUUGCUCCCAAGUAUGCGAAUGCUAUAAUGGCGGAAUGUGCGACCACAUCACCGGGCAGUGCAAGUGCAAAGCUGGUUUCCGUGGGGAGACGUGUCUGAAGCCUUGCUUGGAGGGGACUUACGGUGUAGGAUGCACGAACAACUGCACCUGCAAGAAUGGCGCAACGUGUUCGAUCCACGACGGUUCCUGCGAUUGUAGUCCUGGCUGGACUGGAAAGGACUGCGACGAGAGGAUGUGCCCCGAUGGCCUGUGGGGACCGAAUUGCACGCAGGUUUGUGAAUGCAACAAGGAGAACACCGAGCUCUGCCACCCAUGGACCGGAGAAUGCAUCUGCAACGCCGGUUGGGGUGGAACUACUUGCGCCAGGACCUGUCCCUACUACUUCUUUGGCAAAGGCUGCCAAUACAAGUGCAACUGCAAGAACAGCGCGCAGUGCUCGCCGGUUGAUGGGACCUGCAUCUGCGCAGCCGGUUACAGAGGUGAGGACUGUAACGAGCUCUGCCCGAAAAAUACCUUCGGCGAAGACUGCGCCCAGAGGUGUUCCUGCAAAAACGGAGCCUCCUGCUCGCCCGAGAACGGGUACUGCAAUUGCACCGCAGGAUGGACCGGUGUCCUCUGCGAUCGUCCCUGCGCGGACAAAUUUUACGGAAAGGACUGCCUAGAUAAGUGCAACUGUUACAACAACGCCGCCUGCAAUCCGCAGAAUGGCACAUGCACGUGCGCCGCUGGUUUCACCGGGGAGUUCUGCCAGGAUCGUUGCAAAAGGGGAUUCUUCGGACACGAGUGUACGCAGGUCUGCGAUUGCCAUCCGGAAAACAGCGCCGACUGCGACCCGGCUACUGGACGCUGCAUCUGCAAGCCCGAAUGGCGAGGGAUUCGAUGCGAGACUCAAUGUCCGGCUGGCCUGUACGGCGAUGACUGCCACUCUCAGUGCAACUGCAUGAACAAUAGUUCAUGCGACCCUACCUCGGGAAGCUGCGUGUGCUCCAGAGGCUGGGAGGGUCCAGACUGCUCUCAGCCCUGUAAAGAAGGCUGGUACGGAGUUAACUGCAAGGAAAAAUGCCCGGAGAAGAUGCACGGAAACGUUACCUGCGACCACGUAACCGGGAAGUACAUCUGCCGACCUGGAUACCUGGGACUCACCUGUGAACAUCCCUGCCCUUCCGGUCGGUACGGCUCGAAUUGCGCUAAUCAUUGUCACUGCAAAAACGGAGCCGAGUGUCACCACGUUACCGGUAUUUGUCAAUGUCUACCCGGAUGGCGGGGCGAGCACUGCCAAACCCCAUGUCCUGAUGGUACCUAUGGGGUGAACUGCACUCAACAUUGCAAGUGCCAAAACGGUGGGAGGUGCAGACCCAACGAUGGACAUUGUCGCUGUGCACCUGGCUGGACGGGCACGCACUGUACGGAGAUUUGCCCGGAAGGGUACCACGGGGACCAUUGCAUGGUGCCCUGCGAGUGCAAGAACGACUUCUUCAUGUGUCACCCCGCCGAGGGCUGCAUUUGCAGGCAUGGGUACACAGGGCCCAACUGUGACGAACAGCUGUUUUCGCGUAAUGUCCAGGAGAGGGAGGAGGAAUCUGGAUAUGGUAGCGUGGUGGCAGGAGUUUUCGCUGCCAUAAUCGUCAUAGCCAUAACUCUGACAGCCUGGAUGUACCACCGGAGGAGAGUAGCUAAUCUUAAGAUGGAGAUCGCCCAGGUGCAGUACAUAGCAGAACCUGUGACGCCGCCAGACCGCAAUCAGUUUGAUAAUCCGGUGUACUCGUAUCAAGGUACCUCGAAGUCCGAUGACGGUACGGCGCUACUGAAUAACGUCCAGAUUAAGAAUGAUCUCGGCACGAAAAACGUGAACAACGUUAGGGCCAAAUUCUCACCUGACGGCAUGACGGAUGACGAGGAGGACAGUUGCAAAGGUGCGUACGGCCUGAAGUACGACCACACGGCUUCGCUGAAGAAUAAGGACGCCGACUCGGGCAAUCCCAACGUGAACAUGUAUCAUAGUAUCGAUGAAACGGACGCCAAGAAAACGGAGCACCUGUACGAUGAGAUCAAGCAGAACAACGCGUACCUGGAGUAUGAUCAUCUUGAUUACACGCGUCCCCAGAGUGCUUGGAAGCCGCAAUACCAGAGGAUGGCGAAUGGCCUGGGUCCAAAGGACGGUGGAGGUCCUAGCAAAUCCAGCGACCAGGACCCUGAAGUCGGGGUGUAAACCGUGCUGUACAAUCGUGAUGUAAAAGAGAGUUUCGUGGGUCCUUGGACGAAGAGGGAUCCACGGUUUAAUUCACGCUGAUGGUUCAUGGACGUUGAUAAUUGACGAAAAUUGAACCGGCCGGCGAUCAGCUCCAAGUCUUAACUCAGUUUCGCCCAGAGAGUGAAACAGAGGGAGAGAGAGAAUAACGUAGCACUCGUUCUUUGGUUCGUGUCCCGUGAAUGACGUUUGAUUGGUUUGAUUGAUUUGAUCGAGGUAGUCGAUCCGUUCCAUCGAUGUUCCCUAGAUUAGAGCAACUUUUUGUACUCUAUUUAUGAUUAGGAUUCUCGCUUGAGGGUUUCUAGGGAGACCAUGUCGUUUAACGGAAUAACGUGACCCAACGAAGGCGACUUCACGAUUCUGCCGAUACUAAUUCCUCCGUUUACAUCGCACAGUUCCGUUAUAUCCUUUUUUUACACGCAUCGAUUGACCUAGGUCAUCGAUUUUUCGAGUAGGCACGUCAAUCUUCUACUUCUUCCCGUCGAUCCUUCCUGAAUUGUACAUAGGAUUCUAUAUAUAGCUGGAAGUAGUAUAAAAAAUUCUUAGUGUCUUGAAAUAUUUUUCGAUACUUGUACAUAUGUACUCGAGGGUCUUCCGCGAGUUAGCGUGGUCACGGGCGAAAAUGUUGAUUCCGGAUUUAAUUUUUUUAAACAAUCAGGAGUCGUGAAAUUUGCCAAUGAUAAAGUAUCAGACGGACCGUCGACUCGUUGAUUAUGCCGAAGCAAUAAUCAUUGUAUAGAAUUAAGGAAUAAUAGCGAUAAUGAGAAUUUCGGCGAGCUUAGUGCGAAGGUCUUCGGCAGGAACGGCCGAGGAGAGUCACGUUCGUUUCCUUGUCGCAAUACUCUUCAUAUUUUUUACUUUACCAGGUUCUCUUCUACGUAUCUCGUAUAAUUAUCCUCCACGUAUUUAAACUUAACCAUGUCAUUUCUAAUCGAGCACUUGAAAACGAGAGGAGGCGGUGCUUUUUGGAGAUCGGGAAGCGAUCGUUAUCAAAAAGUAUCCGCCGAUUUUCAGCCUCGGACGGCGUGCAAUCUGUGCAAGGAGCUUUAAGAGAUAAAAGGAUGUGUUCCGAAGCGAAGAUCGUCAAUGCAAAGACGCGCGACUUUUGCCUGUGAUAAAGGACGAAUGAUCGUAAACGACUCUUGACGAAGUAAGGACGCAAUGGCAUGUAACACGUACCUGCGUCCCUCGUUUUACGUUUAUCGUGUACACCCCAGAAAAGAGAAAUACAUGUAUUCUAUAUUUUCAAACGGAAAUAAAAUCACUUGUCUUUUACUACGCGAACGCGUUCGGCCGGAAA